AAGAUCUCCCACUCCUAUGCCCUCACACCGGCUGACCGGGAAGCCCUUGCGAAGGGCAUUACAUCUCUGCACUGUACCAUGUUCAACACUCCGUCGCUCUUUGUAAAUAUCCUAUUUUCGCCCAUCAAGGACGAAGAAUAUUGGUACGGUGGAAAGCGCAAGACCAACUCGAACCGAAUCUUUGCACAUGUGAGAGGUGGUUCUAGCAGAUCCUCUGAGAGUUUUGCGAAGCUCGCUAAGGAUUUGGAGGCCAUCUGGGAUAAUGUUGUUGGUAAGAAGGAGUCUGAUUUUGGGCCCGGGAACUUCAAGAUCCUGCAGACGGUUUUUAUCAUUCCAGGUAUCACGGCAAGGGAAGAGGGGCUGGCCAUCCCACAGGCUGGAAUGGAGAAGGGCUGGAUUUGGGAGAAUAUUGACUAUUUCAAAGACAGGGCAAGUCGUGGUGAUGGAGACUUCAAAGACUUACUUUCGGAAUUAGAGGCUAGGCCUGAGUUAUUAGUCUGA